GGCGGCGCCCGAGGAGCCCCCUGCGCCGGAGCCCGAGGCCGGGCCAGACCCCGCGCCCGCCGGUCCUGCGCCCACCCAGCCGCCUGCCGCAGAGCCCGCCCCGCGGUCAUGUAGCCAAUGAAGAUGGGCCUUGUGGUGCUGGUCCGGAACCUGCUGCUCACCCUGUGCCUCUGCCUGGUGCUGGGUUUCAUGUACUACGCGGCCUGGAAGCUGCACCUCCUCCGCUGGGAAGACCCCAAUUCAGGGACUCUUUCCUUUGACUCCGUUGGACAGACGCUAGGCUCAGAGUAUGACCGCUUGGGCUUUCUUCUGAAAUUGGACUCCAAACUGCCUGCAGAGUUAGCCACCAAGUAUGCCAACCUGUCAGACGGGGCUUGUAAGCCUGGCUACGCGUCCGCCCUGAUGACGGCCAUCUUCCCCAAAUUCUCCAGACCUGCACCCAUGUUCUUGGAUGACUCCUUCCGCAAAUGGGCCCGCAUCCGAGACUUCGUGCCACCCUUUGGAAUUAAAGGACAAGAUAACCUGAUCAAAGCCAUCCUGUCAGCCACCAAAGAGUAUCGCCUGACCCCUGCCCUGGACAGCCUCAGCUGCCGUCGUUGCAUCAUCAUAGGGAAUGGGGGCGUCCUUGCCAACAAGUCCUUGGGAGCCCGGAUCGAUGACUAUGACAUCGUGGUCAGGCUGAACUCGGCGCCGGUGAAGGGUUUUGAGAAGGACGUUGGGGGCAAGACCACCCUGCGCAUCACCUAUCCCGAGGGCGCCAUGCAGCGGCCGGAGGAGUACGAGAAGGACUCCCUCUUUGUCCUGGCUGGCUUCAAGUGGCAAGACUUCAAGUGGCUCAAGUACAUCGUCUACAAGGAGAAAGUGAGCGCUUCGGAUGGCUUCUGGAAGUCCGUUGCCACUCGAGUGCCCAAGGAGCCCCCCGAGAUAAGAAUCCUGAACCCCUACUUCAUCCAGGAGGCUGCCUUCAGUUUCAUCGGACUCCCCUUCAACCAUGGCCUCAUGGGCCGGGGGAACAUCCCGACUCUGGGCACGGUGGCCGUGACCAUGGCCUUGCACAGCUGCGACCAGGUGGCGGUGGCCGGCUUCGGCUACGACAUGAGCUCGCCCAACGCCCCGCUUCACUACUACGAGUCUGUUCGCAUGGCGGCCAUCAAGGAGUCCUGGACACACAACAUCCAGCGGGAGAAGGAGUUCCUUCGGAAGCUGGUGAAGGCCCACGUCAUCACGGAUCUCACCAGUGGCAUCUGAAGGCCGCGGGACGUGGCACUGGAAGCCCCCCCGGAUGCCAGGCCCGGCCUGGGAGAGCAGAACCGCCUUCCCGCCCCGUCAUUGAACCCCUGGACGGAUGGGGAGCUUCUGGGUGCCGAGUGCCAAGGGUCGUGCAGGGGCAGGAGCGGCCCCCGGGCCAGCCUCCAUCUGCCCAGACUCUCCAGGCAGGGCCUCCUGCCAGACGCUUGCCCCAGACGGGGCCUUUCCCGGGGCUGAGGAGCCCUGCCUGGAACUAAGGAACCUGCCUGGGCCUGGGGGGCUCUGCCUGCCCCGAGAGACCUGCCUGAGGCCGAGGGGGCCCUGACUGGCUGGCUAGCAGGGUCUGGCCUUCAGGGCCUCUGGGAGAGUCUCUUCCCGCAGUGUUUGCUGUAUUCUAUUUUAUUUUGUGGAUGCAGAGUUGGGGGUGGGAGAGGGAGGAGGGGGAUAAUUUAUUUUUUAAAUAAGGCUGAAGACAUGAAGUCUGGUCAAUGUUUGGCAAAGAGAGGAUCGCAGGGAACGUCUGGGCUGCCCCCCUCGGGUGGGGGUGCACAGGGAACAGCAGAAAGGGGUCUGAGGAGUUGUGGGGGGAGUCUGCCCCUCCCAGCCCUGCCCCCGGCAGAAAGGGAGGCUUGGAGCCAGCCAGGGAAGGGGAGGGGGGAAGCCCUCCUCUCUCCCACCCCUCAUUCUCUACCCACCCUGAGCCCUUGGAGCCUCGUGAGGCUCAGAGAAGAGGCCGAGCACUCAGCCGAAGCCACGGCCGCUGGGGCCCAGGCCCGUUCUUCAUCCCCCAGGACCUCGAGGACCCGGAGUCCGAGGGGAUAGAGGUGGUCUCCCAAGGCCCUGGGCUGCUGCUGCUGCUGGCGGCCCGGCCAGGAUGAGCAGGAGCCUGUGGGGCCUGUGCUAGCCCUUCUCCGGGGGCCGAGGAGCAAUAAAGCUACAGCAGUCUG